AGAUGUGAGGUACGACUCUCGUCGGCUGAACGCAGACGAGCAGUUGCAGGCCAGCAGUCGGUAUCGUUGGACCUUCCGGGAGUGAGAAGAUCUCCUUCCCCAAGGGAAGAGAGAAAUCCGCGAUCUUAUAUCGACACGAAUAAUAUAUUCGAACGAUCGAGACACUUCGUGCGUGGAUCGGGUUCGCCUCGAGACUGCUCACUCGAGUCCUGUCGGCGAUGAGUCUUAUAUCGAUUCCGAUCGGCCCCCUUAAGCGCGCUCAAAAAUUCCGCGUUUUUUGUCUAGUAGUCACGUGAGAGAAGCGGCGAAUAUAAAUUUUCCAGCGUGCGAGCCAGUUCGAUCAAAGCAAUUGUUCAUCAUGCAUCGUCGUCACUCGUGCCUGUCAAGACUCUGGACUUUGGCUGUCAAAGCUGAUUAGAUCCACGGAACAGCUAACGAGGUGCAGCACGAUAACGCUAACGGAGGAGGUGGCGGAAAAUAUUGACGGUACAACGGCGACCCGUACGGUGUCCGAGAAGAUCAUGAGUGUCUGCAGAAGAACCAUACGCUGGAUAUACAUGUUCGAUCUGAUGUUGGCGUUAUCAGUAACCGUACUUCUGGGGAUUUUGGAAUUCAAUGUGAUACCGUACCAGCAAAUCGGUUUCUUUUGCAAUGAUCCAAAGAUCUCGUUCAAGUUCACGGGUGACACAAUCUCCAUGACUUUAUUGAUAAUCCUCAGCAUCAGUUUACCCAUGAUAGUCAUGUGGAUCGCGGAAUGUGCCUGCCACCCCGCUGACAGUUACAAGAGCAACGCGCCGAAUCACGACCAGGUCGAGUUGACCAGAAACAAGCAGAUCUGGUCCUGGUACAGUCAUUACUCCAUAGGACUUGUUAUGCUCACACUCGUCUGUGAGGUCAUGAAAAUCCUAAUCGGCGAACCGCGGCCACACUUUCUCGACACGUGCAAACCGCGCGAGGCAACCAACUGCACCGAUGAAUACAUAAGUUCUUACACGUGCACGAAUACCGAGUUUUCCGAUUGGUUCGUCAAGGAUUCCAGCAAAUCUUUUCCUUCCGGUCAUUCGGCUAUCUCCCUCUACACAAGCAUCUUCUUAGUGUGGUAUCUGCAAAACCGUCUGCCGAAUCGGACGUUGUUUCUGAAACCGUGGCUGCAGUGCCUGAUAGCCAUGUGGGCCGUGACGUGUUCGAUGACCAGGGUGGGCGACCACCGACACCAUUGGUGGGACGUACUCGCCGGCGACGUUCUCGGCUUUCUGUUCGGUCUCUUUAUCGUCUUGAUCCCCUGCCGUCACUUCUGCCUCGGGCAUAUUGGCGCCGAUGUCGUCGUCGUCGUUCCAAAGACGGUGCACGCCCUUAACGAGACGUUGGAGAACGGCCAGAUCAGCGGCUUCGAGAAGCAGCGUAAGCACAGUGUCAAAAAGCUGCUCGAUCCUGCCAUCGUUGAUAUCUCGGAAGGCCGUGAGAUGAAAGACAUCGCGACCAAGAAUUGGAAGAAAUAAAUAAACGCGAGAUAUGUUCGAGCGAUUUGGAGGAACAAGAGAGAGGAAGGGGGAAUGAAAGGGGAGGGGAGGAUACACUGUAAAAAAAAUGACUGACUGAAAUUUCCCAUACAGCAAAAAAAAGUUGCAGAAACAUUACAUAGAUAUUUCAAUGUAACAAUGAACUAUACAAUGAACCAUGCAUAUUGCAAAAUAUUGCUGCAAGAUUGCAAUAACAUUGCAAUGUAACAUUGCAGUAAUCUUACAAUGUAACAUACUCGUUAUAAUGCAAUGCAUUACUGUAAAUGUAUUUAUAGUAAUAUAAUAUAUACAAAUUUUUAUCUUAACAUUUAUACAUUUUCUAAACUGCUUUAUAUUUGUAGUUACAAAUAUUACAGUAUAUAUAUUAUAUGACAAAAACACUUGUUAACAUAAAUAAAUAAUAAAAUAAUUUAAUUUAAAUAAUUUAAUUCGUAAAAUUAAAAAUUUUAUUUAUAUGGAUAUUAGAUUCUAUCUUAAGCCAUGUACUCACUAAUGCAACAAACGACUGUUUUCAUGCUAGCUAUCCUUUGCACACCAAAUAAUUUAUUGAAUAUGAAUGCUUGCUCGUUCGUGUUCGCUCGUGCUCGUGUUCCGUGAGUACGCGGCUUUAAGUAGACAAUAAACGAAUGAAUUUCGAACAUUUAUCUAUUUUUAAACAACCAGACUAAUAUUUGAAUUCACUGCGUUGGGAUUGUAUCAGAAGUUAAACUGAUAGAAAUAAUUAUUACAUUUUUGAUCCCCUGCUAGUUGAUUUUUACAAGCUUUAUAUAAUUCUCAUCACUAAAACUCAAAUACGAAAUGGAUAAUGCAUUGCAUGUCGUAUAGCGGUAAACAAGAACUAGCAAUUGAAUACUAUCUUUUUUUUUGUAAAGUUUUUGGAAUGUUGCAGUAAUAUUUCUCAUGAAAUAGUGACAGGUUCUUGUAAUGUCUCUACAAUAUUGCGUUGAUUGAAAUUUGCAAUUCUAAGAUUGCUGCAAUAAUUGAAAUGUUCUGUGCUGUAUGAGUUCAGACAAACUGUCUGCAGUUUUUUUUUUGCAGACACACUGUCUGAAUUUUCGGAUCUUUCAAUUUUCAGACACUCUUUUGAGCUCUCAAAAAAGUGAUUCUGAUAAUUAAGACAGAUUGUCUGGAAUUUCUUUCAGACACCCAGAUCUGACAAAAAUUUGUCUAAAUUCUUAGGCAAUUUUUUUACAGUGUAGCAAACAGAGGAACACAAAAACUUUUGGAAUCCCAAAAACACAAUAUCAAAAGUAGAUUUUUUUACACUUGUACCUGGUUCUUUUCUAACAAUAAGUAAACGCGUACUUGUGUACGAUGAACAUAGCGUGGCGUCAGAGAGAAACAACGAUAAUAAAAUGAAAUGAUAAUGGAAAGAGGGCUUCAUACAAUCGUAUCGAUGCUUUACCAAAUAUAUAUCUUUUUGUAUUUCCUGAAGGAUAGGAGUAACUAGGAGUAACUCUUUGAGAGAUUGGUGGUUUUUAGCUCGGAACCUACAUUCACGAAACGAAACAUUGCACACGAGAUCUAUUUUUCUAUUCCUACACACUGCUCAGGUCGAUGAAAUGGUCGAAUAUUUUUGCAUUGUGCCGAAGAAAUGUACAUAUCGAAGUCGCGAACGCGUUGAAGUUCUGAUAGAUCGCAAAGUGAUGUUAAAAUCGAUGGGAGAUUCGUGACUUCGUGACAUUUUACACUGUAAAAAAAUGACUGAAACUUCAGCAAAGUGUCUGUAGCUUUUUUGUAGACACGCUGUCUGAAUUUACAGACAGAAUGCUGUCCGAAUUUUCGGACACGCUUUAACUGUCAGACAUAUUCUUUUGAACUUUCAGAAAAACGACUCUGAUGAUUAAGACAGAUCGUCUGAAAUUUCUUUCAGAUACCCAGAUCUGAAAAUUCAGACAAAAAUGUGUCUGAAUUUUUAUAAACUUUUUAACAGUGUAAUUGUUGACCAACUUGCUCAGUUUUGAUUUGCAACGUGAGAAACUCGCACAUAAUAAUUCUGACGAUAUGAGAUAAGUUGAUGACGGUGCAUCCGAGAUAUUUUGUCUCGUCGAUGUUGAGACUUCUUCUCUCUUGAUGCCCCAAAUGCUCCAUUCUUAUCAGUAAUUUACACUUACGCUGCCGUAGCGAUUACAUUAUUCAAAUAUUUCCUCGCAUUAACCUUCUGAUACUUUUUGAAUGUCAAAAUAAAGGUAGGCCGCGUACUAAUUUCAAUUUUGUUUUAAUUUUAUAUUACAUCACGUGGAAUUUUUUAGAAAUUUUAAUAGAUUAGAGUGACAUCAGAAGAUUAAUUCGAAAAGAUAUUUAGAAAAUGAAUUUUGCUCGAAAUUAAUUUAUUCAUCUAAUAUUUAAGGAUACUUUUAUAGGUAUGUUUUAAUAAUAUUUUAUUUACAUUCCAAAAUCUAACUUUUAUAUUUUUACAUAUUGCGAGAUAAUUUUUAAUUUAUUUACAAGUGAGACAUAUAAUUGGUAAUAGAUAUAUAUAAUAAGAUUGAUAUAUUAUUGCAAAAGGAUCUUUGUAAUGAUGUUCAGAGAGAAAUAGAGAGAGAGAGAGAGAGAGAGAGAGAGAGAGAGAGAGAGAGAGAGAAUUAGAAAUAUGAAUGUGUAUUUAAGAAACGAGCGAAAAAACGUGUAUGAUAAAUAAUAGUAUUAUUAUUAUAGUUACAUAGUAUUAUCAUCUCAUUUUAUUAUUAUUAAGUCUGAGAAAUGGACGUUAAUAGAGCGAUUUUUAAUGCGAGACAGUACUGCUCUUAUACUGGUUUCUGAACCCACGGAAAAAGCCAUUCGCGGUAAGAAUGUCACGUUCGACCCAGGCCUCGAAUACUUUCCGCGAGUAUUAUAGUAUUGAAUAACGCUUACGUAUAUGAACAUAAAGUGUUCAUCUGUCAAAGUUAUGGGCCAUAAAUAUAAGUACUGUUUAUAUACUACAAUGCGAUCAUAUGCGCCAUGAAUAAUGGCAAGUUAUGCGAAAUUAAGGUGAUUACAUCUCGUAUGUAAAUGAGUUUUAACAUGGCCGAUUAUAAUUUUUGUGCGUAAUCAAGAAAGAGGAAGAGAGAAAGAGAGAAAGAGAGAGAGAGAGAGAGAGAAAGAGA